AAAAUCACAGGAUCUUUAAUUUGUAGGGCUUUACUCUUCUUCCUUGGUGGUGAGGUCAUUGGCCACCGUGUUGCCCCCUCCAUAUACAUUCUUCCUUUAAAGGUUUGAAAGUUUCAAGUAGAAAGAAACUUGAAUACUUUCAAUAAAUCCUUGCUUCUUCUAGAAAUAUAUAUCGAAUAAUUUGGAAUGGGGGCAACAGAGGAGACUAAACAAUAUCCUAUGAAUAACAAAGUUGUUUUUUCCGAAAAUCCAAUUAUUAUAAAUGUUAGUGAUGGUACAAAAAAUAUAGUUAAUAAUAAUGUUAGUCGUGAUGCAAAAAAUUUAGUCAAUAUUAAAGUUAGUGAUGAUGAAAAAAACCCUAUAGUAAAUGGUAGAGAAGGUGUUGAAGAAAUCUAUGCUAAAAAUAAGGAAGAUUGCAUUCCAAGUGAAGCAAAAGAUAUGCUGAAAUCAUUAGCAAGUGAAUGGGAGAAUGUAGUUGAUGUCAAUGCAUGGCAAGUGAUCCAACUUAAGGGGGCAAUGACAAAUGAAGUGUUUCAAAUAAAAUGGCAAACAAUAGAUGGAGAUAUCUCACGAAAGGUUCUAGUGAGAAUCUAUGGACAGGGUACUAGCAUUUUCUUUAAUAGAGAUGUUGAGGUUGCAACAUUUGAAUUCAUGUCAAAGAAUGGACAAGGACCUCGUUUGCUAGGAAUGUUUGCAAAUGGGCGUAUUGAAGAAUUCAUUAAUGCAAGGACAUUAUCAGCACUAGAUCUACGAGAUCCAUCUAUUUCUUCUCUAAUAGCAACCAAAAUGAAGGAGUUUCAUGAUCUUGAUAUGCCUGGUCCAAAGAAUGUGAAGCUUUGGGAUAAUUUAAGGAAUUGGCUUAAUGAAGCCAAGCGCGUGUGUUCUCCUGAAGAAAUCAAAGCAUUUCAUUUGGACACAUUGGACCAGGAAAUAUCUACUUUGGAAAAUGAAUUAUCAAAGACUCAACAACGCAUAGGAUUUUGCCAUAACGAUUUGCAAUACGGCAACAUAAUGCUCGAUGAAGAGUCCAAUUUUGUGACCCUAAUAGAUUAUGAGUAUGGAAGUUAUAAUCCUGUGGCAUAUGAUAUAGCAAACCAUUUCAACGAAAUGGCCGCCAACUAUCAUACAGAAACCCCACAUAUUCUCGACUUCAGUAAAUAUCCUGAUUUAGAGGAGCGCCGAAGAUUUGGGCAUGCAUAUUUGAGUUGUUUGUCAGGUGAACAACCUAAUAAUAGUGUUGUGGAUCAACUACUUGAUGAUGUUGAAAAGUAUGCACUGGUGAAUCAUCUAUUGUGGGGCGUGUGGGGAAUAAUUUCGGAACAUGUAAAUAAAAUUGAUUUUGACUAUAAGGAGUAUGCAAAACAAAGAUUUCAAGAGUAUUGGUCAAGGAAAACAUCUCUUUUGAGCUCUCAAGGAUCUUUCCAUGAUAAUGUGACUAAAGGGGAGCAAGCACCAACAUCAACCACCAACAGAAAACCAACUAAGAGAAACAGUAUCUCCAGGAAGUUCAAGAAAGUUUUUGGAAUUGGUUUAUUUAGAUUAAAACACUAGAGCAAGGUUUUGAAAAAUUUAUUCCUUUAUUCUUACCUUAAAAGGUGAAAGUAGAAAUAGUCAUUGGAAAAUAUAGAAAUGUAUCAUGCUUAUGUUAAUUUUUCUGUUAUUUUAUUUUAUUUUUCCUU